GGUGUUGCGCCGUCGCAGAGGCUAGAGGUCUCCGCCUCGAGGUGUCAGGACGAUAUUUCGUGCGGUUAGUUGGCGCGCGGGGCCCCGGUGACUGGGACGGCCACUACAGGCGCUCUGUAUCAAAGGGUAGACAGGAGACAGGGCCGAAGCGAGAGAGAACAAAAAUAAGAAAAAAAGUAAAAAGAAACAACGGGAUAAUAUAAGCUUGUAGGGAAACACGGAGUGACGACGACCACACAGUGACGACGACGAACACGACCGAAAAUUCUGAUCUGUAGAGCAAAGAUAUAUAUAUAUAUAUAUAUAUAUCGCAACAUCGCAUAUCGCAUAUAAUAUCCGCUGGUUCGAUCGUCGGGCCUCUCGCGAGCGAGAGUCUCCGAUCAGAAAGUGCGCGCGCGCGAGGAUCCCGUCGGGAGCGGCCAAAGGUGUGCGGCCAGGACCCAUUCGAACGAGAGUUACAGGAUUUUCUAUCGCGACCGCACCGAUCCGACCGUCGACACCCUCCGGAACCCCUUGGAUACCUAAGGAGCUGCCUCAAAUCGAAUAAGGAGGCCUCCGUCUCGCAAUAGGAGGCGCGGUCGCGAUCCACGCGGAUCGAGGGUGAUAAGGAUAGGUUGGAUGGUGCCGCGGGUCGGCGCCGUUUGAACCAAUCUCGAGGAGGAUCGGUCCUGGUCCGGCUCGUCGAACGUGAACGAGAAGAAGGCCCGUGAAGGGAGGGUGGCUCGCCACCCCCGUGAGAUUUCGCGGUAAAGGGGAGUAGAGGUGCGAAAGGCGACCCGUCGCCAUGGGGGUCGCCGACGAUUUCGCGCCGAGCUUCACCCAGAAGCCGCAGCUCAGGCAGGAGGACGACGGGAAUCGUCUGAUCUUCGAGUGUCAGCUGGUCAGCGCCCCGAAACCGGAGAUAUCAUGGUUCCGGGGCGAGACCGAGCUCAGCCCGGACGGCAGGACCAACUUCAAGAUGCAGAGCGUCGGGACCAACAAGUUCAUGGUCGUCCUGGAGCUAGACGACGUCAUCGAGACGGACGCGGGCCUCUACAAGGUCAAGGCCAAGAACAAAAUGGGCGAGGUCGCGGCUUCGAUUAAUCUUAAUUUCAGUCCUGUCGACGAGCCUAGGGAGAAACAAAUCGACGGCAUCGCGCCAACUUUCGCGAAAAAGCCCGCAAUCAGACAGGAGGACGAUGGUAAACGACUACUUUUCGAAUGUCGCAUCACAGCCGAUCCCACGCCAAAAGUUACGUGGUUUCACGAUGGAAGUAUGGUCAAAGACUCACCGAGGCACAAGCUGACCGUCGACAAAGAUGGCCACUCGUACUUCGCGACGCUGGAAAUUAAGAAUGUGACCGUCGAGGAUGCUGGCAAAUACAAGGUCACCGCGAAGAACGAGCUCGGCGAGUCUAACGCCACCAUUUCCUUAAACUUCGACAGCGACGAGGCGCCCGUACCCGACGACGGUAUUAAACCGACCUUCACCGAACGACCGGUAAUAAGGCAAUCCGACGACGGUAACACCAUCACCUUCGAAUGCCGACUAGUCGGCGAUCCGAAACCGAGUGUCAAGUGGUAUCACGGUACCGAAGAGGUGAGAGAAGGAGGAAGAUUCAGCAUGUCGCUGGAACUCGACCAGAAGCUGUACCACCUCGUCCGAUUGAAGAUCGACAACGUGGCGAAAGGGGACGCCGGCGAGUACAGAGCACUCGCGACGAACAAGCACGGACAGGGGGUGGCGACGAUUAAUCUCAACUUCGAGGGGGGCGACAAGCUAAAAAUACCGGACGGUAAGCCGCCGCGUUUCCCGAAGAAACCGACGAUCCGACAGGAGGGCGACAUCCUGAUUAUGGAGUGUAUCCUGGAAGCGCACCCGGUACCGGACAUUACGUGGUACCAGGGACAAAAACCGAUCACCGACAGCACCCGCGUCAAGAUGUCGCGCAAGGCCACCGGAAAGGACACGUAUUUGCUCACGCUCGAGAUCUCGAAUCCGACGAAGGCGGACGGCGGAAAUUACCGGUGCAACGCGUUUAACAACUUCGGCGAGAGUAACGCCAACAUCUCCCUCAACUUUCAAGAGGAGGGGCCCGGUUUCGCGCCGUCGUUCGUCGAGAAACCGCGUAUCAUUCCGAACGAAACCGGCACCCUGAUCACGAUGAAGUGCAAGUGCAAGGCGAACCCGAAGCCGGAGGUGACGUGGUACCGCGGGACCAACGUGGUCAAGGAGUCCUCCAAGAUCUCGAUCAAGACCAAGACCGUCGAGGAGGACGUCUACGAACUGAUUAUGGAGAUCAAGGAUCCUUCGGCGCCGGACGGUGGCACUUACAGGUGUCACGUGAAGAACGAAUACGGCGAGAGCAACGCCAACUUGAACCUGAACAUCGAAGCAGAGCCUGAACCAGAGGGUGACGGACCAACGUUCGUCGAGAAGCCUCGCAUCCAGUCCCAGGACCAGGGCAAGCUCGUGAUAAUGGACUGCAAAGUGAAAGCGAAACCGAAACCGGAGAUCGUGUGGACCCACGCGGGCAAGGUGGUCAAAGAGUCCUCGAAGAUCUCGAUCAGCAUCGUUCAAGAGAAGGAGGACAUCUAUUACAUCAAGCUGACCUUGAACGACCCAAGCCCGGAGGACUCCGGCUUGUACAAGUGCAACAUCAAGAACGAACUCGGCGAGCUGAACGCCAAUCUCACGCUCAACGUAGAAAUUGUACCGGUGAUCAAGGAGAAGCCGAAGGUGAUCAAGAUCGUGAAGAAGAGGACAGUGGUGGUCGAGUGCCACGUUCUGUCCAAAUUCACGCCGGACUGCACCUGGUUCAAAGAGACGCAAGCAGUGAAGCAGGACACGAGGCACAAAGUGCACGUGGAACAAGUGAAAGAGGGAGAGUUCGCUGUGAAAUUGGAGAUCGAACAAGUAUCGUCCUCCGACAAGGGUGUGUACAAAUUGGUUGCCCGUAAUGAGAAAGGUGAGGCGACGUCACAGGUCGUCGAGGUCACGGACAUCAUGGACGAGGGCGAGAAGCCGAAGAUAGCCUCCGGUUUGAAGUCGGUGACGAUAGAGGAAGGCAAAACGAUCGAGCUUAUAGCCAGUCUGGCGAAAGCGGACCGCAAGGUGACCAUCUCGUGGUACAGAGACUCCACGGUGGUGAAAUCCUCCAAGGACAUCAUGAUAUCCUUCAACGCCACGGACAUGAAGAUGACCAUCACGUCCGCCUCCACUUCGUACUCCGGAACCUACAAGGUCGUCGUCAGCAACGAGUUCGGCGAGGACCAGUCGUCGGCUCGCGUGGUCGUCAAGAAGAAAGAGGAAGAGAAGAAGGAGGAAGAGGAAGAAGAGAAGAAGAAGAAGAAGGUCGAGGAGAAGAAGGAGGAGGAGAAGAAGGAGGAGAAGAAAGAGGAGAAGAAGGAGGAGAAGAAGGAGGAGAAGAAAGUGGAGAAGAAGGAAGAGAAGAAGGAGGAGAAGAAGGAGGAGAAGAAGGCCGAGAAAAAGGUCGAGAAGAAAGAGGAGAAGAAGGAAGAGAAGAAGGAGGAGAAGGUAAAGAGUACGAUCUGGAGCGACGAAGGGGAGUCCGAUUACGAUGAGAGCAUCAUUGAGGAGGAGGAGGAGGAUGACGAAGAAGUGGUGAGUGUAAUCGAAUCCAGCGUCGCGGAGCCGAUUAUCGAGGAACCUGACUCAGAAACAGUAUCACAGAUCGAGGACUUACCCGACAACAAACCGAACGGUAUCGACAAACCUGGUCUCAAGAAGAAACUGGAAGUGAUUCAGAAGAAACCAGAAGAGAAAAUUGCGGAGAAGAAGGAAGUGGAGAAGAAAAAGAUUGUGAAAAAAGAGGAAGAAAAGAAAGAGGAGGCCAUGCUGAAGGCGGAGAAAACCGUGUCUCGCAAGCAGUCCAUUAGCCGAGUGGAAGAACUGCGAACGGAAAGCCGAAGGAGCUCUUUGGUGUCGACGGAGGAAAAGGCCGAAGAGGAGUACAAAUCGGAGAGCAGGCGGUCUUCGAUCGUGAAGAAGGAGAAGGUGACGGCAGAAAAGACAGCUAGAGAGGGCCCGAGAUUAUGGUCCGCGAUCACGGUCGUUCGAGACACGAAGGGCACAUCGAACGUGCGGCGUGUAUCGCUCACGCGCGAAAGAGCAAGCAUGAAGGACACGAUUAACGAGGCGUUGCUCAAUCUUAAGCCAUACACACGCAGAUCUCUUCCAGAGGUGGAGGUCGCUCUUCUGCCACGGGUUAACCUUAGAAAGAGUUCGCUGAUCAGAAACGGCGAGGACAAAGCAGCGCGUACACCUAAGCCGCAAUCGUCAGACGAUGAAAUUGAGGACAUUUGGGCGGACAGACCGAAGGAUCGCGAGUUUAAAUCUAUUAGACGGCACGAGGUACGAUAAACAGUAAAUUCUCCC